CACGCAUGCGCGUAGUACACCGAAGGCCUUGAAAAUUUCUGGUGCAGGUUCCAAAUGACAAGAAAUUUCUCUACGGGAAUCUAAAAUGCACCACGCCAGUUUUGCUGAAUCUGUCCAGAUAUUUAGGAAGUGGAGCAAGGGAUUCACUCGAUCAUCCUUCCUGCUCAGGCUGUGGGGAGGAUUUCACUCUAUCAUCUGACCGACUGGCACGCCUGUCAUUUUAAACAGGUGAUUCCCAUUCAUCUGCUCAGACGGUAUGAAUGGAUUCAGAUAUUUCAGCUAAAGGGACAUCAGCAAGUUCACACUGGGACAAUGCCAUUCACCUGAUCUCUGUGUGAGAAGGGAUUCAGUAGGUCUUCCCUCCUGUGAACAAACCUGUCAAUUCACACUGGGGCAGAGGCCUUUCACCCGCUCAGACUGUGUGAAGGGAUUCACUAAGUCAUCCACCCUAAUGGCUCACCAACGAGUUCACACUGGGGAGAGGCCGUUCACCUGCUCAGACUGUGGGAAAGGCUUCAGCUGCUCAUCUAAACUGAAGGUACAUCAGAGAAUUCACACUGGGGAGCGGCCAUUCACCUGCUCAGACUGUGGGAAGGGAUUCACUCAGUCAUCUGAACUGAAGGUACAUCAGAGAGUUCACACUGGCGAGCGGCCGUUCACCUGCUCAGACUGUGGGAAGGGAUUCACUCAGUCAUCUAAAUUGAAGGUACAUCAGCAAGUGCACACUGGGGAGAGGCCAUUCCCCUGCUCAGACUGUGGGAAGAGAUUCACUCAGUCAGCCCACCUACGAGCACACAGGUCAGUUCACACUGGGGAGAGGCUGUUUACCUGUUCAUACUGUGGGAAGGGAUUCAUUUUGUCGACUCAGCUACUGAGACACCAGUCAGCUCACACUGGGGAGAAGCCAUACACCUGCUCAGUGUGUGGGAAGGGAUUCACUCGGUCAUCCGCCCUAAUGGCUCACCAGCGGGUUCACACCGGUGAGUGGCCGUUCACCUGCUCGGACUGUGGGAAGAGAUUCACUCAGUCAUCUCACCUACAAGCACACAGGUCAGUUCACACGGGGGAGCGGCCAUUUACUUGCCCGUACUGUGGGGAGGGUUUCACUUUGUCAUCUCAGCUACUGAGACACCAGUCAGUACACACUGGGGAGUGGUCGUUCACCUGUUCAGACUGUGGGAAGGGAUUCACUCAGUCAUCUCAACUGAAAGUACAUCAAAGAGUUCACACUGGGGAGCGGCCGUUCAGCUGCUCAGACUGUGGGAAGGGAUUCACUUGCUCAUCUAAACUGAAGGUACAUCAACGAGUUCACACUGGAGAGAGGCCGUUCACAUGCUCAGUCUGUGGGAAGCGAUUCACUCGGUCAUUUCAUCUGAAGGUACACCAGCGAGUUCACACUGGGGAGAGGCCGUUCACCUGCUCAGACUGUGGGAAGGGAUUCUCUUGCUCAUCUCAACUGAAGGUACAUCAGCGAGUUCACACUGGAGAGAGGCUGUUCACCUGCUCAGAGUGUGGAAAGGGAUUCACUCGGUCAUCCACCUUACUGGUACAUCAGCGAGUUCACACUGGGGAGAAGCCGUACACCUGCUCAGUCUGUGGGAAGAGAUUCACUGAGUCAUCCACCUUACAGAGUCAUCAGCGAGUUCAUACUGAGGAGAAGCCGUUCACCUGCUCAGAAUGUGGGAAGGGAUUCAGACAGGUAUCCCAUCUACUGAGUCAUCAGCGAGUUCACACUGGGGAGAAGCCAUUCACCUGCUCAGAAUGUGGGAAGAGAUUCGCUCACUCAUCCAACCUACUUUGUCAUCAGCGAGUUCACACUGGAGAGAGGCCAUUCACCUGCUCAGAGUGUGGGAAGGGAUUCACUCGGUCAUCUCAACUACUGACACACCAGCAAGUUCACACUGGGGAGUGGCCUUUCACCUGUUCAGAAUGUGGGAAAGGAUUCACUGAGUCAUACACCUUACUGGUGCAUCAGCGAGUUCACACUGGGGAGAGGCCAUUCACCUGCUCAGAAUGUGGGAAGACAUUCACUCAGUCAUCCAAUCUACAGAGACAUCAUCGAGUUCAUAUUGGGAAGAAGCCAUUCACCUGCUCAGAAUGUGGGAAGAGAUUCGCUCACUCUUCCAACCUACAUAGUCAUCAGCGAGUUCACACUGGGGAGAAGCCGUUCACCUGCUCAGUCUGUGGGAAGACAUUCACUCGGUUAGCUAACCUACAGAGACAUCAGCAGGUUCACACUGGGGAGAAGCCGUUUACCUGCUCAGUCUGUGGGAAAGGAUUCACUCAGUCAUCCCAAAUACUGGAACACAAGUCAGUUCAUAGUGGGGAGUGGCCAUUGUUAUGAAUCCCUAGGUUUCAUUUGAUAUGGACUGUCAUUUUAAGAGAGAUUCCGAAGGUGAAUCAGUCUGACUCGCAGCUUGUUUAGUUUUAACCGAGGACACAGACACUCAGAGUCAGACGGAGACGAAGGAGGAAAAAUGGAAGAAUCGAAACCAGGGAACCAGUGGCCAAGGGUCACUGUUUGUAACUUUACUUUGCCACAAGGGUGGACAAAUUAUCGAUUCACCGUACAUCGAAUGUGUGGUUGUCACCUCAUUUAACCCAUAGGAGUGGAUCUGAUUUGGGGUAUCCUGCAGAGACCACUUAUGUGUUAACCCUUGCCUGGGUGUGAUGUGGUUAUUCAUUUGAAGAUGAUACCCCUCAUGACACGUUACAUUCGGUGAUAAUUCGUAUGUAGAUUUGUAAAGAUGACGGAUAAAAGCUACAGCUAUUGUUCUCUCAUUUUAACACUGUGGAACCUGUAGAACAGACAGGCAGACUGAUCCUGAGGGAACUCGAGUUUUGUUACAGCCACACCAACCAAGAAUAGUGUAGAAAUAUACCAAUAUAAAACCAUCAAUAAUUAAAUAAUAAUAAUUUAAUCUUUGCAAGUGGAAAUAAGUCCAGGAGCAGCCUAUUGGCUCAGUGUGUCUGACACUCCGAGGGAAGAUUAGAAAAGUUUGAUGGCCAUAGGCAGGAAUGACUUCCUGUAACACUCAGUGUUACAUCUCGGUGGAAUGAGUCUCAGGCUGAAUGUUAUAUGGUUAAAGCAUGAUGAUGAAAUUGAACAUCCAGUAGCUUAUUUCUCAAAGAAAUUUAAUGCGCAUUAGAAAAAUUAUGCCACCGUUGAGAAAGAGCUGCCAGCAUUGCAAUACUUCGCUGACUACAUAUGUCCUGCGCAGAAGCCACUUGUGGUUUACACGGACCAUAAUCCAUCAGUGUUUCUGGGUAAAAUGAAUGAUAAGAAUAGAAGGUUGCUGAACUGGAGUCUGAUCUUGGAAGAUUUUGACUUGGAAAUA